CUUAACACAUAUUUAUUUACCCCUCUUAAUAACUUUAAAGUGAAUUAAUAACACCCUAAUGCUGACGUGGCUUCUUAAAAAAGAAAAAAAAAAGCUCAUAUUUAUUAAAAAGAGGAGAUGGUCCCACUUUAUAUAUAUAUGUGUGUAAAAGAAAAAACAAAUCACGCCCUUUCUUCUUUAAUACCCCUCACCCCCGCACUGCUGUUCUUACCACUAUCCCUGCCCCAAUCCUCUUUCUCCUCCAUUAAUUAAUUGUAUAGUUUUAAUAUUAACUUAGAAAAUAGUAAUUCAAUAGUUGUUAAAUCUUAAAAUUAAGAAUUUACUGAGAUAUCGAACAAGAAUUGUCAAUUUUGAAAUACAAUAUUAUCGAUUACUAUCAAAGAAGACUUUUUGGAGUUGCCUUCAAGAUGUUUGAUGAAAUGCUUGACAUAAUCGAGUUUGACAAAUUUUGAAUUUCUAGAAGAAUAUUAUCUUAAUUAUUUUUAGGUGUUAGCAGGGUUGGUGGGUGGAUGGAUUUGUUUGACGCGGGCAGGGGGGGGGAGGGGGGAGAAAGGAGGUGUUUGCAGGUGUGGGGGUGGACGGGAGGUGCUUGCAGGUGUGGGAAUGGCAAAAGAAUAAAAUAAAGGGGUGUUUCCUCCGUUAACCGGUCGUUUCUUCAUCCUUAAAAAUGUUGAAGACGACACGAUUUCUUUUUCCAUCAACUGUAACAAUGCUUCCAUGGAAUUCAUCCAUGCAAGCGCUCCAAAUUUAACUGUAUCCGUGAUUCUCUCUUCAUCAACUGCAAUAACUUUGUUUCCACUAAACAAUAUUCAAAUUUUUGAAAGUGUUACUAAGCCUCAGUUUGGGGUUCAAAUAACAGAGUUGGUUGAUAGUUUGUUUAUUGGAUGCACUAUGAAUCAUUGUGUAGGUGACGGGACUUGUUUUUGGCAUUUUUUCAAUUCUUGAUCUGAAAUCUCUCAUGGAUACGAAGUUAUUUGUAAAGUUCUAGUUUUAGGACGUUAUUUUCCUGAGAAAAUGAAUCUUCCUAUUCACCUUCCCCUGAAGAUGGAUGAUGAAAAAAUGUUUGAAGUCUUUGAAGUUCCAACGACAUUGGUAGACACGGUUUUUCAUCUUAGUAAAGAAAGUAUAGGUAAGCUCAAAGCAAAAGAGAAUACUGAAAUGGGUGUUAAGUCGAUUUCUUCUUUGCAAGCUUUUUUGGCUCAUCUAUGGCGCGCUAUUAAUCGUUGUCGCAAGCAUGAUGCAGAGGAAGAAGUCGUCAUCAAUAUUAUCGUAGGUACAAGAUCGAGACUAAAUCCUCCACUUCCAGAAGGGUAUUUUGGAAAUGCAAUUCAUUACAAGAAAGUAAAGACAAAUGCAAGGGAGUUGCUGGAAAAUGGACUAGGAUGGGCUGCAAUGCGAAUAAACAAGAUGGUUGUUGCUCAAAACUCUGAAGAAGUGGUGAAAAUGUACAAAGAUUGGGUUGAAAAUCCAAUUUUAAUCACUAAGGGCUGAGUAUAUGGUGGGAUUACUAAAUUGGCCAUUGGUAGUAGUCCAAGGGAUACCAUAUAUUGUACAGAUUUUGGUUGGGGAAAACCAAUUGGUGUGAGGAGUGGGAUGCCAAAUAAAAGUGAUGGAAAAAUUACAUUAUUUCCUGGUGCAAAAGAAGGAAGUGCAGUGUGUGGAUAUUGAAGUUUAUCUUUUGCCAGAGACUUUGCAAGCAUUGGAGUAAUUCAUGGUGUCUGUAACUAAGACUUAAAACUUCCUUAGUUACUAGGAUCAUUCUUAUGCUAUAUUUGCUUAUUUACUUUUAUUAAUCAGUAAUAAAUACUCUUGAAUUCAGAAAA